AUGCAUUCAUCUACUCAAGAAUCUUCAGAAGAUCAAUCUUCCCGCUAUGCUACUUUAUCUCGGUUAAUGGAACCAGCUGCACGAGAUAGAUUAACACGUAUUGCAUUAGUUCAUUCAGAUCGAGCACGUGAUGUCGAAAAUAUCUUACUUCGUAAAGCGCAAGAAGGCUUGCUUCAACAAAAAGUUUCAGAAUCAAAUUUGAUUUCACUUUUAAAUCAAUUAAAAGAUGAAAAAAAAGAAACAAAAAUUAUUUUUAAUCGUCAAGCAUUCGAUGAAGAUUAA